CUUUUUCCAAUCUGAUUUUCAAACACAAUAAUCUCGACUGCGUGGAAAUGUCCAUCGUCAUAAAUAGGAUACAUUUUUCUUCUUUCUUUCCAUAAUUAUUGCACAUGUUCCCUUUAUAAUAUUUUAUAAAAGUCUUAUCCAAAAUGGGCAACCAACCCACCACGUUAAUUGACCCAGCAUCCACAAGUCAUAAAGCACAGCCUGUAUCCAACACUAAUAAAUCGCUGGAUGGUUUCGUUAAAAGACUUUCACUCGGAAAAAAACUUUCCAUUUCAAGAAGUAAAAAGAAAAAAGCUAAUUAUUUCCUUCCUCCGAAUGCGGAACGUCCGUCAUCACCGUCACGUCCAGAAGUGUUCCAAGAUCAAGAUCAAUAUUUCAUUUUACGGUGGGAUCCACCAGCAUUUGAUGGUGGGAUUGCACUAAUGGGCUACGUAAUUCAACAUUUAGAAUUAGGAUUACCACAAUUAGAUAAUCAAGAUCAAGAUGACACUGAAGCAUGGUACUCCAGUGACCCCGGUCUUAUUACACAGACAGAAUGCAUACUAAACAAUUUAGUCCCUGGAACAACCUAUCAAUUUCGUGUCGUAGCAGAAAAUCUAAUUGGUUAUUCAUUGCCAAGUGACGUUUCUGAACCAAUUGUUUUUAACCCAUAUGGAGAAUUAGACGAUUGGUUCUACGCCCCAAUGUUUACUGCCACCUUAGAGGAUAAAUACGUCGUAAUGGAACAUGAAAUGCUCACAUUAAGCGUUGACUUGAAAGGACAGCCAUAUCCAAUCGUUCGUUGGUAUGACAAACACGACCAAGAUUUGUGCAAGCAGAACAACAAACGGUACAAGACUUGUUCGAAUGGCACGAGGAGAAGCCUUGUAAUUAACAGUGUGGAAUUAUCGGAUGCUGGAGUUAUUAAAUGCCUAGGAAUUAAUAAAGAGGGACAAGUCGAGUGUUCCACGCUGCUACUUGUCGAAGCUCCUCCACGGAUUAAACGAGUAAAGAACCCAGAAUUCCUACAAAACCCAUACGACGUAAAUGAGAGGGAAGAAGAACGAGUACAUAAUUUUUUAGAUGAUGAUUAUGAAGAUUUAAUAUUUCAAGCUGGUGAACUGGUCCGAUUGAAGUUCCUGUUUUCUGGUUCACCGUUACCUGAAUUAACAAUUUUCCAUAAUGGAGAACAGGUCACCGAUUCUAGAGUCGUGACAGAGUUUACGGAUAAAGUGAUCACAAUCCGAAUCGAGAAUAUUUUAAGAUAUGAUCGUGGAGAGUGGUUAAUCAAGUUGGAGAAUGAUUUAGGAGAAGAUUGCACUUCCGUUUUAAUUACAAUUACGGACCGUCCAGAAAAGCCAGGAAAACCAGAGGUUCUCACUUUGAGUGACAAUACAUGUGUGCUACGAUGGGACCAACCUAUUGAUGAUGGUGGAUGUCCAAUUCAUAAUUACACUGUUGAAUAUUUUCGAACGGAAUGGGGAGUUUGGCUGAAAGCACUAACGAGUAAAAAUCCAGGAGCAAAGAUUAAGGAUUUGAUUCCUGGGUCGAAGUACCGUUUUCGAGUGAAAGCUGAGAAUUUAUAUGGAGGAAGCGAACCAAGCGAUGAAUCGGAAGAAAUAUUGAUUACCACUUCACUGGACAGGUUAAUGCCAUCUCUUGAAGAAUCAGUUGAAGAAGAAUCAAUGGAAAUACUUUCCCAUUCUGAUUUCCAAGAUUAUAAUGACGAUAUGAAAUACUCGCCACAAAAGGGAAAUUUGCCCAUCAACCUGCGACCACCAUCUCCCCGACCUAGAAAAUCUGAAGAUAAAUCUCCAACAGAAGACCCAUCUAAAAAAUUAUAUAAUCGUGGAGAUUUGAUUAGAAGUGCAGUAACUUCAUCGGUUGAUUAUGUCCAAAGAUUUUUAAGUGAAACUGGAAAAGCAGAUUCAAAAGAUGACGACAUUACGAUUGAUGAAGAAUAUGAAUAUGAUUUCGAUAAGCUACAACAAGAAUACGAAGAAGAAAUGCGGGCAUUACGUGACCAAUUGGAAGAUCACAGCGACGAAGAUUUCGAUGAUGAGGACGAAGAGGACGAGGAGGAGGAGGAAAAUGGGGGCGAGGAAAAAGGGAAAGGUGACGAUGACGCGAAUAAGAAAGAUGACGAUAAAGAAAAAGAAGAAGUGAUCCCGAAAAAGGAAGAAAGUGACGAAGAGAAAGACGAAGAUUAUCAAGAAGAGUUUAUUUGGCCGAGGCGAACAGUUAAAGAAAAACCCGUCCAGAUGCUCCCCACUUUAGGGGAUCGCUUCACAGAUUAUCUUACAAUGAAGAUUGCAUCAAGAGAUAAAAGAAUUGGUGGAUCAAUGAGAUCGUUGCAUUCUAUUGAUAAAUCGGAAAGUAGAGAGAAUUUGAAAAAAUUAUUAGAUUUUGAAAAUGAAAGAUCCGUCACACCACAAGAAUUUGAUCAAGAUUUAGACGAAGCUGUACAAAUUCAAACCGUUCGGAAAGCAAUAAUUUUAAAUGAGGAGAAAUUGGAGAGGGAACGAUUAGAAAGAGAAAAACUUAAAGAAAUUCAGAAGCAGGAGGCCAUUCAGAGAGAGAUUGCAUUAGAGGAGAGGAGAAAGCUAAAUAGAAAGCAGCAAAGCGUUGAAGUUGUUUUAGAGGAGAAAGUAACUACAAAAAUCGAUCCUGAAGUCGUGUCAAAAAUUGUUUUGGUAUCCAUUUUAAUAUUAAUUAUUCCUGUUUAUUGGUAUUACGAUGUGUAUGUCAUGCUCUUUUGUUUUGUCCUACUCCUCCUUGUUUGGAAUAAAUUGAAAGUUUGGAUGUUUUAAAAA